AGGAGGGUCGGUCGGGCCUGUCGGGGAGCCCAGAGCGGGUGCUGUUGCUUCGGAUCAGUUCCGCCCGGGAGGAAGGUGGCCGUGGUCCGGGGUCCGAGAGCCGCCGCCAGCCCGCACACAGCCGGGACAGCACCGGGUUGACUCGGCGUCACCACUGUCGGCCGCCUCGCCUCGUCCUUCCCACGGGCAGCGCCACCGUCAUGGCCUCCACCUCGGCCAACCUGCAGAAAGCAAUAGAUCUUGCUAGCAAAGCAGCCCAGGAAGACAAAGCCGGGAACUACGAGGAUGCUCUUCAACUCUACCAGCAUGCUGUCCAAUAUUUUCUCCAUGUGGUCAAAUAUGAAGCACAGGGAGAUAAAGCCAAACAGAGUAUCAGGGCAAAGUGCACAGAGUAUCUUGAUAGAGCAGAAAAGUUAAAGGAGUACCUGAAAAAGAAAGAGAAGAAGCCACAGAAGCCAGUAAAAGAGGGCCAACCGAGCCCUGCAGACGAGAAAGGGAAUGACAGUGAUGGGGAAGGAGAAUCUGAUGAUCCUGAAAAAAAGAAACUACAGAAUCAACUUCAAGGUGCCAUUGUUAUAGAGCGACCCAAUGUGAAGUGGAGCGAUGUUGCUGGUCUUGAAGGCGCCAAAGAAGCACUUAAGGAAGCUGUGAUCCUGCCCAUUAAGUUUCCUCACCUCUUUACAGGCAAGAGAACCCCUUGGAGGGGGAUCCUGUUAUUCGGGCCUCCUGGAACUGGAAAGUCCUAUUUAGCCAAAGCUGUAGCAACAGAAGCAAACAACUCAACUUUCUUUUCCAUUUCUUCUUCUGACCUGGUUUCUAAGUGGCUCGGUGAAAGUGAAAAGCUCGUUAAGAACUUAUUCCAACUGGCCAGGGAGAACAAACCUUCCAUUAUCUUCAUUGAUGAAAUUGAUUCUCUUUGUGGUUCAAGAAGUGAAAAUGAAAGCGAAGCUGCCCGCAGAAUCAAGACUGAAUUCCUGGUUCAGAUGCAAGGGGUUGGUGUGGACAAUGAUGGAAUUCUGGUCCUUGGAGCUACAAAUAUACCCUGGGUUCUGGAUUCUGCCAUUAGGCGAAGAUUUGAGAAACGAAUUUAUAUUCCUUUGCCUGAGGCCCACGCCCGAGCAGCAAUGUUUAAACUGCACUUGGGGACCACACAGAACAGUCUCACUGAAACAGACUUCCGAGAACUCGGCAAGAAAACAGACGGUUAUUCGGGGGCAGAUAUCAGCAUCAUUGUGCGUGACGCGCUGAUGCAGCCAGUUCGCAAGGUGCAGUCAGCGACUCACUUUAAAAGGGUUCGUGGCCCUUCUAGAGCUGACCCGAACAACAUGGUGGAUGAUCUGCUGACACCUUGCUCUCCCGGUGACCCUGGGGCCAUGGAGAUGACCUGGAUGGAUGUCCCUGGGGACAAGCUGUUGGAGCCAGUGGUUUGCAUGUCGGAUAUGUUGCGGUCACUCUCUAACACAAAACCCACAGUCAAUGAACAUGACUUGUUGAAAUUAAAGAAGUUUACAGAAGAUUUUGGUCAAGAAGGUUAGACCAAAGACAGCAAGGAAGACCUUUACCAUGUGUGUGCUUUCUUUUGUGGGUAUCUUUGCCUUUCUUGGAUGACAUUCAGAUUACUUUCAGUAAAACUCUUUCACCACAGGGAAAUGGAGCUGACUUGGACAGUUCCUCUAAGUUCCAUAUGUGCUUUUGUUUCAUUGCCUAUUCAAUACUCCUGUUAACAUAACUGAUUUUAAAGGGCGGGUGGCCUAUCAAGAAUCAAGUGAUUUGUGGUUGGCAAGAACAGGACUGACCCUGUUAAAAACAGGAUUAAAGUUGAUUUGAGAUGCAAA